AUGUGCUGGCCGAGGACAUGGGGCCAGAUCUUCCUGCCGGUUUUACUUUCCCUCUUUCUAGUCCAAUUGCUUAUCAGCUUCUCAGAUAAUGGUUUUUCCCAAAUGUACAGAAAAAGAAAGGAGGAGAAACAGAAACGAAAGUCUUCGAUUGAAGAAGCAUGUACUCAAAAGAAUAGUUGUCAGUUGUGCACAGAAGAUAAGAAAUGUAUUUGGUGCAAUGAAGAAAAGGUUUGCAAAAAAUUUUGUUUUCCAUUUGCUGGGUGUCCAUUCAAUUCUAUAUUUUGGUCAAACUGUAAAGUUGACAUGUUUGGAAUCAUGAUGCUGAUACUCACAGGAAUAUUAUUGAUAGCUUUUCUGUGGUAUUGCUGUGCCUAUUACCAUUUCAUGCAUGAAUCAUAUAUCUUUUAUAAGAAGGACCCAUAG